GAUGUAAAUGGUUCUUGCUUUGUCUAUAUCCUCACAAAAGAACAAAAUAUUUUCUCUCUUGUUGCUGGGUAGGAAUCGAUCUGUGGUUGUUAACUGGUUGCUAGAUAGGGUCAUAAUAUCCUAAUAGAAUUAUGGAGCCAGUAGUAUUAGCAACAGAGGAAGAGGAAGCCAACACUCCAAAGAAACUUGAUGCUGGAGCUCUAUUUGUGCUCAAAUCCAAAGGGUCAUGGUUGCACUGUGGAUAUCACUUGACAACAUCAAUUGUAGCUCCUGCACUCUUGAGUCUUCCCUAUGCACUUUCCCUGCUGGGAUGGUUUCCGGGCGUUAUAUGCCUCACUGUUUCAGCUAUGGUAACUUUCUAUUCAUACAACCUUCUGUCCUUGGUUUUAGAGCACCAUGCUCACCUUGGUCAGCGCCAGCUUCGCUUUCGAGACAUGGCCAGGGAUAUUUUGGGACCAAGAUGGGGAAGAUAUUUUGUAGGUCCGAUUCAAUUUGGCCUAUGCUAUGGCGCAGUUAUAGCUUGCAUUCUUUUAGGAGGACAGAGCCUUAAGUAUAUAUUUCUGCUCUCUAGUUCAAGGCCAGAGACCAUGAAACUCUACCAAUUUGUUAUUAUAUUUGGUGUCCUAAUGCUAGUAUUGGCACAAAUUCCAUCCUUCCACUCCUUAAGGCACAUCAACCUAGUCUCUCUGGUCCUUUGUGUUGCCUAUAGUGCCUGUGCCACAGCCGGUUCCAUAUACAUUGGAAAUUCGAUGAAUGCUCCUAAGAAGGACUAUUCCUUAAAUGGAAGCAAACAGAACAGCGUUUUCGGAUCCUUCAAUGCUAUUUCAAUCAUUGCUACCACAUAUGGCAAUGGCAUUAUUCCUGAAAUACAGGCAACUAUAGCACCGCCGGUCAAAGGAAAAAUGUUCAAGGGAUUAUGUGUAUGUUAUACGGUUGUACUUUCGACAUUUUUCAGUGUUUCUAUAUCAGGAUAUUGGGCAUUUGGUAAUCAGGCCAAAGGUACUGUUUUACUUAAUUUCCUAGUUGAUGAGAAGCCUCUGCUGCCAACUUGGGUUCUCUUGAUGACCAAUGUCUUCACCUUCUUGCAAGUAUCAGCUGUUAGUGUGGUUUACUUACAACCAACAAAUGAAGUCCUCGAACGCAAGUUCGUCAACGCGAAGAUUGAUCAGUUCUCUGUUAGAAAUGUAGUGCCAAGGUUGGUUUAUCGAUCAUUGUCUGUCGUGAUAGCCACAACUGUUGCAGCUAUGUUUCCUUUCUUUGGAGACAUCAAUGCUUUAAUCGGAGCAUUUGGUUGCAUUCCUCUCGACUUCAUAUUGCCGAUGGUGUUGUACAAUGUUGUAUUCAAGCCAUCCAAGUACAGCCUUCUUUUCUGGGGAAACACAAUAAUUGCUUCAAUAUUUUCAGCAUUAGGAGUGUUGGGGGCAAUAUCUUCAAUCCGUCAAAUAAUUCUUGAUGCUAACACCUACAGUUUGUUUGCUAACGUAUAGUGUGUAAGGCUUUAGCUUUUCUGAUAUAGAGGACACCAACUGCAAACUCGAUCUUGUUGCACAUUCCUAAAUUAUCAGAACUGUUUAUGUUCAUGUUUAUAUAAUUUUGCUGGAUGUCUCCAAAAGCAAAAGAAGCAAGAAGUUAGCUCAUGAAGACUGUUAGAAUGGUUAUAAAUCUUGAAACCUCGGUACAAAUCGUGUAAGAGGACCUCAGAGGUUACGCGAGAAUGCUCAAAAUAGGUGACUAGCUUCCUGAUCAGGGCAGGGCAUUCAUCUGAUGAGGCCAUGUUGGACACUUGGAUCACACUAUAUAUGAACAUUUUUUAUGUA